AUGGAUAUCACUGUAGGUUGUACAUAUGGUUUAAAUAAAAUUUAUAAUAUCCAUAAAAAACAACCAGUUGGAUUAUAUGGUACUUUAGAUAGCAAAAGCGAAUUAAAUGUUAUGACCUAUGGUUGGGAAUCAGAAAAUCAAGAAGAUUAUAUUUUCUAUGGUUAUAAUAAUGGUAAUUUAAAAUAUUUCAAUAAUAAAGAAAAAACAUUAAUUGGAGAGCUCAACUAUGAACAUUCAAUUCAAGCUAUUCACCCAUUAAAAAACGAUAAAUUAUUAGUAGCAUUAAACAAUGGUUCCAUUGAUGUCAAAACAUUCUCUGAACCAUUUACUUCACUUAAACCAAUUAAUUUACCAACUCUUAAUAAAAAAAAACCAACCACAACUAAAAAUAAUAAAAACCAACCACAACCAGAACCAGUCAACACCCAAAGCUUUGUAUUAAAUGUUGCAAAUAAUAUUGGUGGCUUUACAAUGAACCCAUCUAAAGAUAAAUUUGCAUUUGGAGGUAAAGAUGUAAACCUCACAAUUUAUGAUUUAGAAACCCAAUCCAAAACUUAUACAGCUAAAUUUAAACACGACUUUUUAAAUAUUCAAGAACCAGUUAAUAUUUUCGAUAUCAAAUAUAUGAACGAUGAUAAAGUUAUUAUUGGUAGUGGUUUUAAACUUAAAGGUUAUGACUUAAGAUCAAAGAAUAACAGAGAUUCAUUCUUAGAUGUUUCAUUUUCAAAAAAUCCAAUUCAACGUAUUCAAUAUACAUCACAAAAGGAAUUUUACUUUUAUGCAUCAGAUGCAGGUGGUAAAUUAUUCACAUUUGAUAUUAGAACAGGUAAACAUUGUGGUAGCUUUAAAGAUAGUGUUGGUUCAAUUAGAGAUGUUCAAAUUCAUCCAACUUUACCAUUAUUAGCAACUGUUGGUUUAGAUAGAUUCCUUAGAGUAUAUAAUUUAGAUAGUAGAAAGAUGUUACAAAAAGUAUUUUUAAAACAAAGAUUAUCAGGUAUUUUAUUCUCUAAAGAAGAACCAAAUGAAUCCCAAGAAGAUGAAGAACUUUGGAAGAACUUGGAAGAAAACAACAAUAUUGUUCAAGUUAAAGAAGAAAGUGGUAAAAGAGCAGUUAAAGUUAAAGUUACUGAUAACAUGGACAGUGAUGAUGAAGUUGAUAGCGAUGAUAACAAUGGUUUCGAUGACGAUGAUAGCGAUGAAGAAAUGGAUAGUGAUGAAGAUGGUUUAGAUGGAUCAGAAGAAGAUGUUUCAGAAUUUAAUAUCAAAAAAGAAAAUGAUGACUCUGAUAGCGAUGAAGAUAAUAAAAAAUCUAAAGGCAAUAACAAAAAGAAAAUUAAUAAAAAACCAGUUAGAAAACCAGCAGCUCCACAAAAGAGUAAAAGCUCACAAGUAUUAAAGAAAAAACUCUCAGGUUUAAGAAAAUUAAAAAAAUAA